UGGUAUUUGAGGACAGACGAUACACUCUGUUUCUGCUCUGUCUCUUCUACUUCUUUCUCUCCACCACCACCACCGGUCUCUUUCUCUCUCCCUUUCGUAUCCAACUUUUAAAGGAGCUCGUUUUAUUCGUCGUAGGAUCUCCAGUGUGUUCUCUUGCUCUCGGCAGGCUUUUUUUGGGCUUUUAGAUUCGGUCCUCGAUAUCUGUGUUUUGGAGGAUUGAAAAAUGUCGAAAACUGGAGCUUUGGAUCUCGCAUCUGGCGUUGGCGGAAAGAUUGAGAAAAAGGAAGUUCUUUCAGCUGUUGAUAAGUACGAGAAGUAUCAUGUAUGUUAUGGAGGUGAUGGGGAAGAAAGAAAAUCUCACUAUACUGACAUGGUUAAUAAAUACUAUGAUCUUUCAACCAGCUUCUAUGAAUUUGGGUGGGGGGAAUCCUUCCAUUUUGCGCCCAGGUGGAAAGGUGAGUCACUUCGAGAAAGCAUCAAGCGUCAUGAACACUUUCUUGCUUUACAACUAGGUCUGAAACCUGGACAAAAGGUGUUGGAUGUAGGAUGUGGCAUUGGUGGGCCAUUAAGAGAAAUUGCUAGAUUCAGCUCAACAUGCAUCACAGGAUUGAACAACAAUGAGUACCAAAUAUCAAGAGGAAUAGAAUUGAAUCACAUUGCCGGAGUGCAUAAGACCUGCAACUUUCUGAAGGCUGACUUCAUGAAAAUGCCACUUCCUGACAAUACUUUUGAUGCAAUAUAUGCAAUAGAAGCUACUUGUCAUGCACCAGAUGCGCUUGGAUGCUACAAAGAGAUUCAUAGAGUAUUAAAGCCUGGCCAGUAUUUUGCUGCAUAUGAAUGGUGCAUGACUGAUUCCUAUGACCCCAAUAAUGCAGUCCACCAGAAAAUCAAGGCUGAAAUAGAGCUAGGUGAUGGCCUUCCAGACAUUCGAUCAACAAAGCAGUGUCUUGAGGCUCUGAAACUUGCAGGCUUUGAGGUGAUAUGGGAGAAGGAUCUUGCUGUGGACUCACCUCUGCCGUGGUAUUUGCCUUUGGAUGCAACCCAUUUCUCGCUAAGUAGCUUCCGUCUGACAGCUCUGGGACGUUUCUUGACCAGAAACCUGGUCAAGUUCUUAGAAUUUGUGAAUCUUGCUCCAGAAGGAAGUCAAAGAGUUCAAGCUUUCUUGGAGAAAGCUGCAGAGUCACUUGUUGAAGGUGGAAGGAGGGAAAUUUUUACACCAAUGUACUUCUUCUUGGCUCGCAAGCCUCAUUAGAACAACGGCAAAUCUGGCAGUGCAGUAGAAUCUUCUUAAAGUUAGUAUAUUGUUAUCUUUAUUUACUUUGCCUACCUUUCCCUUCAAGAAGCAGAAAUGGAUCCAAAGAAAAUUAGUUUACCAGGUGUGCUGCUUUUGCUCUUUAAUUUCCUUGAUAUUCUGGCUAACAACAAACAAUGUAUGAUGUAAGAAGACCAAGCUAGGCAGUUAAGCUUUUGUAAGUUGAAGGAUAUCUUAGAUUUUGACUACUGGUUUUGCCACCUGCUGAUGUAUCUUAGUUCUUGCUUUUUGCGCUGGUUACAUGGUCA